GUUAGGGUUAGUAUGGGUUUAACUAUCCGUGAAACAAAAAAAAUUCCAUAGGUGCAAUAGCAUACAGGUGAAAUUGUCAUGGGUUCAAAUGUAUGUGGGUUCAAAUGUAAUGGAACCUUAUUAUUGAUGUCUUACAAUUGAAUAUCACCAUGUUGAUAAAAUUACAUGGCUUGUUUAAUAUGCAUGCAUUCAUAAUGUUUGGUUGUUGAAUAUUUUGUUUUGAAUAUUAUCAAAGAGGGUUUUACAAGAAUAUUUGGUUGUAUUUUGAUGCUGGUGCUUUUAAUAUAGCAAUUCGGUAAAAUAUCAUUUAAUAAUUUUUGUAAACUUUGAUUAUAAAGCAUAUGAUAAGCAUAAUAUGUGUCCGACAUUGAAUAACAGGCUUUUUGGUAUUUUUAUUUAUAGACUGUAAUAUCUAGAUUUCAUUUACAUACAUAUUGAACACUUCUUGUUUGACUGAUAUAGGCAUUCCACAACAUGCCUCAUAAAACAAAGAGAAAGUUCAUUGAUAAGAAAAAGGCAUUCACGUUUCAACUUGUCCACAGGAGUCAAAAAGAUCCUCUGGCUGCAGAUGAUGAAGCACCUCAACGUGUUCUUGUACCGCUGGAUGAAUCAAUUUCACAGCAUGAAAAUAUACAAGAAUCACCUGAUGAAAGAGAAAUGAGAUUGUCAAAACAGAGGAUUUAUGGUGUUGGAUUUGAUGAUGACUAUGAUUACAUGCAACAUCUGCGACAGCCUGAAAAACAGACUGCAAUACUUGUACCUAAAAGCAAUCGAGUAACUUUUCAAGAGCCAAAUGAAAUUUCACAUUGUUCACACGAAGAUAUGACUGAGGUAAUAAAAGAUGGGGAGAAGUCUGCUGCUAUCAAAAUACCAACUGUUGUUUUUGCUUCUAAAGAAGAGGAAGAUAUUGGGAUGCUGCAUCGUGCUAUUCCACCAACAGGUCCACUAAUUGAAUGGGAUCCGGAUGUUGUCGCAGCCAUGGACGAAGAUUUUGAUUAUGAAAAUCCAGAAAAUGUUAUCGAGGAUGAUUUUAUAUUGCAAGCAACAGAUGAGAUAGAUGAAAGAAAUGAAAAUAGAUCAGAUAUUGGUAGUGAUGAAGGAGAAGAGAAUGAAUAUUAUAGUGAUGAUGAUAUGGGAUCAUGUGAUUCUGAAGAUUAUUUUGCAAACGAAGAAACAAGAUCUAGAUUUACACAAUAUUCCAUGUCUUCAUCUGUUCUUCCUAGAACCGAACAUUUAUCAAUAUUGGAUGAUCAGUUUGAGAAGUUUUAUGAAACAUAUGAUGAUGACAAAAUUGGAGAUCUCGGUCAAGUUGAAAUUGAUGGAGCAGUUCCUGUUGAUAAUAUAGCUCAAGAAGAUGCAAUUAAUAUGUUACUUGGAAUAAAAAAUAAAUCUCCGAAUUCCAACAUGAAUCUGAGGUUGAAAACAGUUCCUGAACUAGUUGAGGCAAAAGACCAGGUUGAACAAGUUGAGUCAUCUGAAGAAUCCUCUGAUGACGAUAUGAUUGAAUUAACUAAAGAAGUUCCCAAAGAAAAUUGGGAUUGUGAAUCAAUAUUGAGUACAUAUUCUAAUAUCUACAAUCAUCCAAAGGUAAUUCAAGAUCCACCUAAACCUAUAAGGUUGUCAAAGAAGACUGGAAUUCCCUUGGACACACUGCCAACAAGAGGAGUGACUGCAAAGCAGCUUCGGAUGCUUGACCUUGAAAAUGAAAUGAAUGAUAAACAGUUCUGCAGAAAUCAAACGAUAUCAGAAUCUAGUAAUGUAACAUCUGUUGCAUCAAAUGUAAGAAGGAAAGGAGAAACUAAAGAUGAGAAGUCAGCUAGGAAACAUGUCAUCAAAGAGAUGCGUCGAGAAAGAAGAAUGGAAAAGAAAGCAACCAAAGUCGCAUUUCGACAUGAAAAAGACAGACAAUGGAAAGAACAGAUAAAUAUACAGAAAAAUCUAAAAGGAAUGAAAAUAUCUUGAAACUAAUCUGUGCAAUGAAAUGUAACUUGAUUCAUUUGGAUUUAAUGGUGUAAUUGUGUGGGAUUUUCUGUAUUUGAUAGUUGAGGAGUGGGAGAAGUGCCCUUGUCUUCAACAAACUCAGAGGCAGCGUGACAUUGAGCGUUAUACAGAAAACACGAGGUUACAUUGCCUUAUUA